CACCCCUAUCCAUUUUACACUACAAAUAGGUCCCCGUUUGUAUACGUUUUCCCAUGACAGACCAAAGCCAACCACCGCAAGAUCCUCCUCCUCAGCAACCACCACCCAAUAUGGGCGAAGGAAAGCCACCUAAACCCAAGCCUCCAGCCCCCGACCAAGGAGGAGCAGCCCGCCGCUCCUGUUGCUUAUGUAUUUUCAUCUUUCUCCUCUUAGCAGGAGCCGCCGUCCUCACCGUGUGGCUCAUCUACCGUCCCCACAAGCCUCGUUUCAUCGUCGUCGGUGCCGCCAUCUUCGAACUCAACGCCACCUCACAACCUUUCAUUUCCACUUCCAUGCAGUUCACCAUCGUCACGAGGAACCCGAACAAGAGAGUCUCCAUCUUUUACAACAAGCUGCAAGCUUACGUCUCCUAUAGAAACCAACAGAUCACUCCCACCAUGGACUUGCCUCCGCUGUACCACGAGACGAAGAGCACGGUAGCGCUGUCGCCUGUACUGGGCAGCGGGAUGGUCCCGGCUUCGGCGGAGGUGGUGAACGGACUGAUGAUAGACGAGACGUACGGUGUGGUAGCGUUGAAGGUGGUGCUGUUGGGGAAAUUAAGAUGGAAAGCCAGUGCUAUCAGGACACCGAAGUAUGGAUUCUAUGUGAGAUGCGAUGUUUGGGUUGGUUUGAAAAAGGGUGUCGUCGGACCCUUGCCUUUGCUCGGAGCUCCUCCUUGUAAAGUCGAUAUAUGAAACUCCAUUGCCAAUGCAUAUAUAUGUAGCUUUGGUACUUGGUUUCUUUUUUGUAAACUAUCUGAACCACAGUUGCAGAGAGGAACAUAACAUGUGGUCGUAAUAAGCAAAUGUGAUGAGAAAAAUGUUAAUGCAAAAUGGGCUUCAUUCAUCUUCUUCCAUUUUCCUUUUCUUUAUCAUCUUUACUUCGUUUCAGUUCAAACUGCAGUAAUGGGGGAUUCUGUCGGUUAACAAUGGUAGG